GCAGGAGAGAGAGAGAGAGUGUGUGUGUGUGUGUGUGUGUGUGUGUGUGUGUGUGUGUGUGUGUGUGUGUGUGUGUGUGUGUGUGUGUGUGUGUGUGUGUGUUCUCCCCACGAUUGGCCGUCCUGCGUGACAAGUCCUCUAAGCCAGCUCUCUACAGGUCUGCGUCGCACCAGAUCUCUGCUGCCGCAACACUUGUGUGCUCGUGAUCUCCAUAAUCAUCUGGCAAACAGCUGGACCUCGUUUUCGCCCAGAGCGCAUAUACGGACCUCGGACGUGACUUUCUGCGGUUCGCCGAGUCGCUUUGCCCCGCUUUCUCUUUCACUUGAAAGAUGAUGGGUUUUCUGCGCAGGACGUUCAGCCUCCGCUCACGGAGGCGCUUCCGGCCGUCCGAUGAGCUCGAAGGUGGCGGCCGAGGCGUGAACACGGCGCUUCAGGCGUACCAGCAGCAGCAGAUGCCCGGUCCUGUCGUGGUGACCGGAGGCACUGUGGUGCACAUCCCCGCCGCGGGCAACAGCAAAGCGGCCAUCACGUGCAGAGUUCUGCUGUUAGACGGCUCGGAUGUCAGCGUGGAGUUACCGAAAAAUGCGAAGGGACAGGACCUGUUUGAUCAAAUCAUGUAUCAUUUGGACCUUGUGGAGGCUGAUUAUUUUGGACUGCAGUUCAUGGACCCGGAGCAGGUUGCGCACUGGCUGGAUGCUGGCAAACCCAUAAAAAAGCAGAUUAGAUACGGCCCACCGUACAGGCUGUUUUUCAGAGUGAAGUUCUACUCUUCAGAACCCAAUAACCUUCAUGAGGAGUUCACGAGGUACCUCUUUGUGCUGCAGCUCAGACAAGACAUUCUGUCUGGCAAAUUAAAGUGUCCAUAUGAUGUAUCUGUGGAUCUUGGGGCUUAUUGCCUACAGAGUGAGCUGGGAGAUUGCGACCCACUGGAACACACUCCGCUGUUGGUGUCGGAGUUCCGUUUCUCGCCUAACCAGACAGAGAUCAUGGAGGCGGACAUUUACCGCAAAUGGGCCGAGUGCAGGGGAAUGAGUCCAUCACAGGCUGAGCUGAACUUUCUAAAUAAGUGUAAGUGGCUGGAGAUGUAUGGCGUUGACAUGCACUUUGUUAAGGGUCGUGAUGGUGGAGAUUAUGCUCUGGGUCUUACCCCAACAGGAAUUCUAGUGUUUGAAAGGUCCAACAAAAUUGGCCUCUUCUUUUGGCCCAAAAUCACACGUCUGGACUUCAAGAAGAACAGGCUGACACUAAUGGUGGUGGAAGAUGAUGAACAGGGUCGUGAGCAGGAGCACACAUUUGUGUUUCAGCUCUCCAGCUCAGCAGUGUGUAAGCAACUGUGGAAGUGUGCCGUUGAGAGCCAUUCGUUCUUCCGCCUCAGACAGCCGACCCAGAACAAAGCGAGUCGUAAUGACUUCACACGGCUUGGAUCACGCUUCCGCUUCAGUGGAAGGACCGAGUAUCAAGCGACUCACUCGGGCAGGAUCAGGAGGGCGAGCACUUUCGAGAGACGACCGAGCAGAAGAUAUCCAUCCAGAACCCAAUCACUAGGCAAAGCCAUUACUCCAGCAAAACAUCACCAUCCAAGUGCCCAGGCCAGUCCUGAUCCCAAUUUAAAACCGUAUCAGCACAACAUUCCGAUUGGUCGGGAGCCUUGGGCCAGAACACACACCCCCAGUUUGACCCCACCCCUUUACAUCCAGCCCACUGAAAUGGUACACAAUCCACCACCUCACAGUUUCCCACUGAGCAGUGCAGAUACCCAAAGGUUUAGUGUGGAAGAGAAUGAGACUCUGCUUUCUGCAACACUCCGCUACUGCUAUCGUUGGCAUGGAUAUGAGAAACAGGAAGUCCCAUGCCUCACUUUAACAAAGCCUAAGCCAUGGGAUGUUCCUGCAGGACACACGGAAGAUCUUGACCGGACUUUACGGAGUCCGAAACCGUUACAGCCAGAUACAAUACCCUGGCCAGCACUUCACAUCAACAUUGAUACACCAGAAGAAAAGCUACUGUCGGAGAAAAGCCUCCCUUCUUCUCCAGUUGGCAUACAGGAUCAGCGCAAAAACAAUAUUCUCAGACACGUGAUGCACAGUGAGAGUGCAAAUUCAAAGGGGAAUUGUUCCAGUCGAGACCAGAACAACAGGAUCCCCAGCUCCUCUCAGGAUUCAGCCUCCAGCAGCGUGACCACGGAAAGGCCGCAAGUGGAGCGCCGCAAACGCCUUGUUAGGCAGUACAGCUUUAACCACAGUGACGAAGAUGACCUCCCAGACGCACUCGCGGCCAUAUCUUCUCAGAGCAACAUGAGAAGAUCCACAUCUAACAGCUCACUGGACAAACAGAUCCAGCCACCAAUCUACCCCCCGCAAAAAGUCUCACCACUGGAGCACAGCAACAAAUCUCCAUUCUGUCCAGGGUCAGUCCCGCAUCUCCUUCCUUUCAGUGCACACUCAGUCAGCAAUGAAGACCUGAGAACGGAUAGAGAAAAACUGCUGAGAGCAUUACUAAUGACAGAACUCUGAGACUAUACACACGUUUAUACAUGUGCAUAAGCAGAUUCACUGUAGUAAUUUUCUACAUUUACAUGGUAUUAAGUCUAUUUUUUAAUGGUAAAGCUUAUCACGCUUACAGUGCACAUGUACAAAUUCAUGCUUCUAAAAAAUAUCCAAUAUUUAUGUUUUUUGAAACCAUGUUUAUUUGCCCCCCCAACUGUUUUUAAAGGGUACAUUUAGGAUACAUGCUUGUUUUAUUCCACUUUAGACCACAUUGUAUUGUGAUUUAUUGUAAAUAAUGCACUACACAUGCCUACUGUACAUACACUGUAAAAAAAAAAAAGAAAAAAAGAAGUGAUCUUUCACAUUGUCAUUUGUUUCAAUCUGUUUUCUAACAUUUUGACGGAACGCUUUGCACAUACACUAUACAGUAUUUAAAUUUAUAUUCAUCGCUACAGUAUCUAUAAUAUAAUAAACGCAGAACUAUUGAAUGGAUCAGUUCUCAUGUUAAUCAAACCUGGGUGGUCCAAGUUUCAAUGGUCAUUCUUGCUAAAAC